ACCAGGAGCGCAACUCCAGUAAAGCUUGAACACAAUCCCAGCUUGCUUUCAAUUCAAAGGAUCGUCAAUGUCACAGACUUCAUUGACGGGCUUAUCGGUGUUAUCGAAAAGGAUUCAUCGCGAAAGACUACGGUUGAAGAUAAGGCUAUCUCGUCGGCUGUGCUACCGACGUUGCGACGGUCAUUCCCUCGCGACGCCAUCAAACCGUUGCCUUAUUACAAAAUCCUUACCGAUAUCGUGAACCCCGAAGUAUUCGAUCUAUUGGUAACAAUGUCAAAUCGGCGAGUCAGUAAUCCUCCAGAACUUACCAGCACAUUUUCCUUGUCCAACACCACCACUGACCUGAUAGCCUACUCAAAUGCUCCCACAACCGACAGCAUCAAUAGUAUCGGUUGUAACCACCAGUUCACUAUCCCCAGUCAGCCGAUGAGACCUCAGACGUUGGGAUUCUCAGCGAAGUUGCCACUGACAAUGACGAAAUCAAUCGAAGAUAUGCUUCGUCCGCCAGGAAUGAAUGAGGAUUCGACAAUUCUCAAUCGACCUUUGUCUGGGGAUUGGGCUGAUGGAGUUCGAUUAACCCCAAUGUUCAAUAGGGACGUUGUGGCCCAGUUCUUCCCCGAACUGUCUGAGAAUCCAGUGAUUUGA